AUGUCCUUAUCGUUUCAAUUGGUUACACGUGUCAAAGGAGCACUGUACGAGUUGGUUACUAAUCAAACAACAAUUUUUGGAAGAAAAUUCUUCACAGUUUACGAAAAUCUUCCAUAUGCAGCUUUUCUCAACAUUCCUUAUGCAGUAUCGCCAUUAUCUGACUUAAGAUUUAAGCCUCCAAAAGGACCGCAUAUAAUGCAUAAAGGGGGCAUUUACGAUUUCAGUAAAGAAAACAUUGCCUCAAGUGUUGUUCUAAAUGAAGAUUUAACUUUGUCCGUGUAUAUGCCAAUUUCCAAUGAAAAGAUCAAAAGUUUUCCAAUUGCCGUGUGGGUGUAUGAAGGUUCUUAUGAGCAUGGACCUGAUUUUUUAAUCGAAGAAAACAUUUUAGUCGUAGUAGUAAAUUUUCGGAUUUCAAUAUUGGGUUUUUUGAAUACAGAUGAUGAAUUUGCCAAAGGAAACAUGGGAGCUAAAGAUGUAUUGAUGUGUUUAAAAUGGAUAAGGUCGAACAUAUAUUUAUUCCAUGGAGAUAUAAAUAAAGUUACAGUAAUAGGAUCAGGUGAUGGAGCUUAUGUUGUAUCAUCUCUGUUGGUGUCCAGUGCUGCUGAAGAUCUAUUUAAAAGAGUAAUUAUUCAUGGCGGUAGUGCUCUGUCACCGGUAGAUUAUGGGAAUCAUAAUCUCAAAGUUAUCAAUAAAUUGUACCAACGAUUGUAUGGGAAUACAAACAUAAUUAACAAAGAAAAACUAUAUGGGUAUCUCAGCAAAGCGCCUGUCGAAACAUUGAUGGCAAUAUCUCAUGAUCUUUUCGAUAGUACCGAAAUACGAGACAGACAACGACUAACAAGAGCGUUUGGGUGUACUGUUGAAAAUGAUAAAAAGAGCUCGUUUAUUUAUGAACAUCCCUUAGAGGUAUAUCAUAGAAAAUUUGCCAAUUAUGACGUAGAUGUUAUGUUUGGAUAUUGUAACUAUGAUGCAUUAUUAAAAUUAAAACAUUUUAUUAACAGAAGAAUACUUUUAAAAUAUUUAAAUUUCAAUUUUCAAUACCUCUUACCAUUCUUUGGAGAUUCGGAUGAGUAUGAUUCAAAGAGAUACAAAAAUAUUCUAAAGAGAAUAAAGGAUUUUUACUUCAUAAAUGGUACAAUAACAAAGCAUAGUUUAAGACGUUAUGUUAAGUACCAUACUGACCAAGUUGUUUAUCCUUUGGUCCGACAAGCACGACUACAGAGCAUACAAUCUAAAGAUGUAUACUUAUAUAGAUUUUCUUACAAUGGUUGCUUUAAUGUUAAAUGGAAAAAACCUACACCAAACAUCUUCUUCAAUAGUACACUUGAAGGAUUACUUUGGGAGCCUUUACGCGUUAACCAAACAAUAAAGGUUCUGAGUAUGGAUAAAACUUUCAAAAUGGUAAACUUGUCUGAACAAAAAAGAAUUGACUUUUGGGACAAACUAAAGCAAGAUUUAUUUGAAGACAAUGCAUGA